UAUAUUUUACUGUGGGCCCAUUGCUGUUCUUCUCCCUCCCUCCCGUGUCCGCUGUAAAUUUCUCCCCGAAUUUCGUCCCUCGCAUCCUCAAAUUCGCUGCUCCCUCCCAUCAUCGGCGGCCUCACCGUCGGCGACGGGACACAACAAGCCUUCUCUCCGUCGACUCCCUACCUCCCCUACUGGUCCUGGACUGGCGUGGGGUCGAGAUCCAGCCCGGACUUGGCUUGAUUUCUCCUCCUCCUUUCGUUGGGAUAAAACUGUGAAGCGCCUACGCCGCAUCAUCAUUUUCGCAGUCACUUUGAUAAUUUCAAAGAUAGGCACCCUGCUAGUCUUCCUGGUUAUUUCAUCACAAUGAGAACACACGAACGAGCUGCCAAUUUGGCUCUUGCAGGUUUGAGCUUGGCACCACUUUUGGUUAAAGUAAACCCAAAUGUGAAUGUGAUAUUGACAGCAUGUCUUACUGUCUAUGUGGGUUGUUACCGUUCUGUCAAGCUGACUCCACCCUCUGAGACAAUGUCCAAGGAGCAUGCUAUGCGGUUCCCUUUAGUGGGGAGUGCUGUGCUUUUGUCACUGUUCCUUCUAUUCAAGUUUCUCUCGAAAGACUUGGUCAAUGCUGUGCUCACUGCCUACUUUUUCAUUCUUGGCAUUGUUGCUCUCUCUGCAACGUUGCUUCCUUCUAUAAAACAUUUUCUUCCGAAAGAUUGGAAUGAUAAUGUCAUAGUUUGGCGGGCUCCAUAUUUCCACUCACUCUCAGUGGAGUUCACCAAGUCCCAGAUUGUUGCUUCAAUCCCAGGAUUUUUCUUUUGCAUGUGGUAUGCCGCUAAGAAGCAUUGGCUAGCAAACAAUGUUUUGGGAAUUUCUUUCUGUAUUCAGGGAAUUGAGAUGCUUUCUCUGGGAUCAUUCAAAACUGGUGCUAUUCUCUUGGCUGGACUUUUUGUGUAUGACAUUUUCUGGGUGUUCUUCACUCCAGUUAUGGUCAGUGUGGCUAAAUCUUUUGAUGCUCCAAUAAAGCUUCUGUUUCCAACCUCAGAUGUUGCACGGCCGUUCUCUAUGCUUGGCCUUGGUGACAUUGUAAUACCUGGUAUAUUUGUUGCACUUGCCCUACGUUUUGAUGUUUCAAGGGGUAUCAAGAACCGUUAUUUCAACAGUGCAUUUUUGGGGUACACUCUGGGUUUGACAGUGACUAUCAUUGUAAUGAACUGGUUUCAAGCCGCACAGCCUGCUCUGUUAUACAUUGUUCCUGGUGUGAUUGGUUUUGUUGCCGUUCACUGUUUGUGGAAUGGAGAAGUAAAACAGCUACUGGAGUUUGACGAGUCCAAAGCUGAAGCGGAGGAAGCUGGCGAGAAAGAAGAUGAUGACAGUACCAGACAAAACAAAAAGGAGGACUAGCGCCCUAACUAGUUAGCAUUCAGGUCUCAAAGAGAAGAAAAGGACGACUAAAAUUUCAUGGGAGGUCGUCGCAGCUAAAUAGGCUUCAGGACCUUUGAUACCGGCUCACUUAAAGAAUUUAUAAAUGAUUCACAUGAUAGAACUUUUUUGCUUCGAGAACUAUUUGGCCUGGUGAGCGGGGGAGGGAAUAGAUGCUGAGGGACUUGCGAUAUGAUCCAUUUAUCUAACUUUUUCUGUCA